AUGAAUUCCUCACAAAGAAGAGAUGGAGUUUUCUCCUUCAAUAUGCUCAAUCCUCAAUUGAGUUACAAGGUCGAUACAAAGUGGAGGAAGGACGUUCUCAAAGAUGUCAACAUCUACGUUUCAGACAAAAAAGACAAUGUCAAUUUGGAUCUCCCAGAGUCAUUGCCCAAAUUGGAAAAGGAAAGAGAAUGGAGUGAUUAUGGCAUUCAAGAAUUGUUGGGCAAAUUUAUCGAUGGCAACAAAAAAUAAUGA